UUGCCGAGUCGCACGCUCGCUUGUUGGACUAACGCGCUGGGAAACGGAAUUUCACAAAUCAGUUCGUUGUUUUCCGCUGUGCCAGUGUAAUCGUACAGUAUACAUGUCGCGCUGAACGCACCGCAAAGCAGAGUGUAUUUGAAAAUUUUCGCUUGCCGCGUACAAACGGCGCGUUGAAGCAGUGAAUUUUCCAAUAAUUGUGUGCGAGCUGAAAAGUGUGUGUGUUCACAAACAAAAAGUUAUUGCCAUUCAGCCACAACAACAACAAAAUCAAGAACAAUAACAGUGUGGAAAAUAAUAACGGGUGGUGAUAGCAGCAAAACGCAUCAACAGCAGCCACACGGCCAACGUCCGCCCCAUUCUACAGCAACAGCAACAGCACCAGUAGAUAGUGGUGCUCGUAGCAGCAGCAGCAGCAGCAGCUUGGAACAGCGCGUUUUCGUACUCUCUCACGCCAUACGCCAAGCGGUGUGGUAUUUUUGUAACUGAUAUUUCUAUAUAUCUUUGUUAUUCUCUUGCGUGUGUGUGUCCGAGUUUCUUUGGGGUGUUUGUUGUGUGUGCAAGUUCGCUAGCCGAAAAGCGCCCAACAUAGCAGCAGCAAUACACUCGCGCGCAGCGUGCAGUCCGCAUAGUCAUCAUUUGUUGGCACACAACCUCACACACAUACAUAAAUACAUACACUCGUACUCGUAGUUGCGGUGUACAUAUCCACUACUCAUCCAGUCGAUACAUUUGCGUUUCAAAUUUGAUUUCAAUUCAGAUACGUCUCGUUACCAAAGCAGACGCGUUUCCGUUUUCCGCUACCACUGUGAUUGCCGCCAUACAAGCCAUUGCUAAAUUUUUUUCAGCCAAACGUGCGCUCCACCACAAGUCAAAUUCUUCAAAGUGUUGUACAACAACUACUACUCAUAUAGGUAGUAGCAUCAGUGUCGGUGUGACAGUGUGGUGUAUUAAGAAUUGUGAAUUAAAAGCAUCUACAGCUUAGCCUAAUUACGCGAACGGCUUAAAUUAUUAGAAGACUAAGCCAGUGCGAAUCCCCGAACAAAGCUAACUAAACUAAAGUGUGUGCAGCUGAACUGCAUGUAUAUAAGCAUAUGUGUGUGAGUGUUUUUUUAUUAAGCGUAAAAAACUAAAGCUCUUUAACGCGCUUAAGCUCUGCGUAAGCACUUAGCUACAUAAUUUGUUACUUUGUGGAUUCGUAACCGAGAAAUUUUUUUGUAAUAUUUGCGUGAAAUAUAAAAAAAAAACAUAAAAUAAAUGUACUAAUAUUUACAAUAAUAAGCAGCAACUGCAAAAAUUGAAUUGUGUCAUAACGUAAAAAGUAUUUUAAUAAAAAAAUACAAAAUAGUGACAACAACAUUAAAGUUUACAACAACAUUAAAUUUAAAAAAAAUUACGAAAAGUAAAUUGACUUUUUACAUUGAAACUUAUAAAAAAAAAUAUUUUCGUGAAAAAUUGUAAAAAUUUAGCAGCAAAAAACUCCUCCCUAAAAACACCACAAUAGUAUCUCUAAAAAAAUAUUUUUUUUAAUCUAAAAAUACAACAACACGCGUUUCGCUUUUGAAACUCUGCUAUUCUAACAAACAUGCACAUACAUUUCCAUUUACAACUUCGAUUUGUCGCCGCGUGAUUUAUGCGUCUUCAAGCGCUCCACACCCGUCGGCCAAUCACCAAUGUACAGUGGCAGUAAAUUAGUGCUUCGAAACACACAAAUCAACUACUCCAACUAUAAAAAAGCAAAAACAUAAAUAAAACUAUUCAUCUAUAUAUCUGAUCAAGUAGUAAAGUCUGAAAACUUGUCAGCUAGUUUGAGUCAUUAUAAGCAGAUUAAACGCUGAUAUCUGCCGCCUUGUGCUCAAAGCAGUUACUUGCACAUUGAUCCACCACGUAUCUACGCCACGCCCUACACACCGCACAGUUGCAGGCCAACGGCACAAUCAUCGAUCGCACUAACGACCGUACGACGCCACACACAGCGUCCGUGUACGUGCCGACCAAUAUUACGCCAACGUUAGACUAUACCGGCCUCACCACGACGACUACAUUUUUGCAACACUUUAAGGACGUCGUCACGACGAAGUUCUCCGGCAGAGAUCACCACCUGCCACCGUUGCAUCCGCAUCCGCAUUCGCACCAGCAGUCGGCUGCACUGCAUCACCAUCAGCCACAUCAGUCUGUGGCACAAAGCUUUUCCACCAUUUUUCCCACGUACUUAGGCAUGGAUCGCGCCGGUGGCGGCGGCGGUAGUGCCGUCACUGCUGGCAGCGGUCUGGGUGUGGUUCACAAUUCGGCCGGCGGCGGUGGUGCAUUAAAUGGUCUCGAAGCAAUGUCAGCCGAAUCGACCGGCCUCUGUUUGCAGGAUUUAGUGAGCGCUGGCACAGCAGCAGGUGCCGGUUCGGCAGGUUCGGCUGAGAGUACCAACACAACAAGCACUGCACUCAGUAGCGGCAGUACUGGUAGUUCAACGGUGAAUGGUAGCGCCGGUUCGGCCACUGGACAAGAGCAUUUACACAAUCAUCACAGUUUACAUGACUCCAAUUCGUCGGUUAGCAUUUCACCCGCCAUAUCGAGUCUGAUGCCAAUCGGCAGUCUGAGUCAUUUACAUCAUACAGCUGGUCAGGACUUGGGUUAUCCGCAGCAUCCACAUCACGCUGUGGUGCCACCGCAUACGCCGAAGCAUGAACCGCUCGAGAAACUGAGAAUUUGGGCCGAGACUGGAGAUUUUCGUGAUAGUCAUAGUUCCAUGACCGCUGUAGCAAAUAGUUUGGAUAGCACACAUUUAAAUAAUUUUCAAACAUCGUCAUCGUCAGCGUUAUCGAACCGUAAUCGUGAUCGUAAGGAUGGUAAUCGUUCCGUCAAUGAGACCACAAUCAAAACCGAAAACAUAUCAAAUUCCGGUCAUGACGAACCGAUGACAACCACCACAGAUGAGCCGAAAAACGAUAAGAAAAACAAACGUCAACGCCGCCAACGCACACAUUUCACAUCACAACAACUGCAAGAGCUGGAGCACACAUUCAGCCGGAAUCGAUAUCCGGAUAUGUCGACACGCGAAGAGAUUGCCAUGUGGACAAAUUUGACCGAAGCACGUGUUAGGGUGUGGUUCAAGAACCGACGCGCCAAGUGGCGUAAGCGCGAGCGUAAUGCCAUGAAUGCGGCUGUUGCUGCUGCCGACUUCAAGUCCGGCUUUGGUUCACAAUUUAUGCAACCGUUCGCCGAUGAUUCGCUCUACUCGUCAUAUCCAUACAAUAACUGGACUAAAGUGCCAUCACCGUUGGGCACAAAACCCUUCCCGUGGCCAGUUAAUCCACUCGGCUCCAUGGUGACCACCAAUCAUCACCAAAACUCGGUGAACUGUUUCAAUACCGGCGCUAGCGGUGUGGCGGUCAGCAUGAAUAACUCCAUGUUGCCGGGCACAAUGGGCUCUACGUUGACCAACACUAACGUUGGCGCCGCACCAUGUCCCUACACCACGCCCGCCAAUCCGUACAUGUAUCGUGCCGCCGCCGAACCCUGUAUGCCAUCGAGCAUGUCAUCGAGCAUUGCCACACUACGCCUAAAGGCCAAACAACACACCACCGGUUUUGCCAGUCCCUACUCGGCACCGUCGCCAGUGUCGCGUUCCAAUUCGGCGGGUCUGUCCGCCUGUCAAUACACCGGUGUGACUGAUGUUGUCUGAGAAAACGCCCUUGGGGCGCUACUCAAUCAACAUCAACAUCAUUUGCAUCACUUCUCCACCAGCAGUGGUGGUGGCGUAUCCGCACAUUCACCCAAUCUCAACAAUAAUUUACAUCAUUUACACAAUAAUAAUAAUAACAACAACUUGUUGAAUAACAACAACCUGCUGCUAGAUCAUAAUGGCGAGCUGAGUGUGGGUGGUCUGGUGGGUAACGGUCUGCACAGUAACAAAUCACCGCUGGGACAUCAACACAGUGAUAUGGGUGAUGGCAGCGGUGGACGAGGCGGUAAUGGUGGUGGCACAAAUAACGGACUGUUGGGGCCGAAUGUCAAUAGUGAUGGCGGCGACGAAGUGGAGGAGGUCAUUGACUAAAGAUGCUGAGAGUGGUUUAAAUGGGUAGAGUUACUAUAAUUGAAAAAAUAAAUUAAUUAAUAACGGAAACUUAAGAAGUCAUAACACUGCGGCUCUCAAACUGUGUGCGUGAAAUGUAAAGAGAAGUGUAUAUUAAUUAUUUAAAAAAAAAAAACAUAAAUAAAAAAAAAGCAAACUAUUUGUUACAAUACUUGUAAAAUAUUGAUUAAUUAAAAUGCAUACAGAUGUUUAGUCUUAAGUAAUUGAAUUAAUUGUAGUUAAAAUGGUGAACAUUUGUAUUGAGAUAAAAAAUAAAAAAAGUUAAACAUAAUAUAUCCAAGGAACAAUAACUAUUUUUAAAUUCAAAACCAUGCGUUAAAUAAUGUAUUUAAA